AACGCCGACUAUGGAGACCAGCGUCUGGCCCACUGGAGGUGCCCAAAUGCUAGGGGCGGGGGUCGUCUGUUAGCCUGAUCCUACCGUGAAACACUGCCUCUGGGGGUUGGGAGGGGACUUGAGGUCCAAGAAUCCGAAUAAUUCGCAGAAUUGAGAUAGGCUCUCGCCUCCCCCGUGAUCUCCCUGCGUUCAGCCCCAAGCGAGUACCCGGACAGCCCGGCGCGGGCGCGCGGCAGCAGCCGGGGCCCGCGCCCGGGGCGGCGGAGUCAGGCUCGGGGCUGGACUGACGGCUCCGCGGGAAGGCGGAGCAGAGAGCGGGCGGCGGAGGAGGGGAGAGCCGCCGGGAGGAGGGCGCAGGGGCGGGAGGAGAUACAUGCGCGCUGCCCGCCGCCGCCGCCGCCGCCGCCGCCGCAGUCCUUAGCUUCCCGGGGACAGGAAACCUUCGAGACCGCACUGCCACGGCCGCCUCCGCCUCUCGGCUCCCGGUUCCGCGCGCCUGCCACACCCUCCGCCCCUCCUCCGGCAUCUCUCGGCGGAGCGCCGCGGGGACUCGGCCCCGGGCUGUUGUCUCCCGUUCCGGCGGGGGAAAGGUGUGACCUCCCCCCGCAGGAGCGGCGCGGCGCGGCGGGGCGGGGGGGCCCGGGAGAAGAUGGCGACGCCGGGAAGCGAACCCCAGCCUUUCGUGCCUGCCCUGUCGGUGGCUACGCUGCACCCCCAUCAUCAUCCCCACCACCACCACGGAGGAACCGGAGCCAGCGGCGGGGCCGCGGGAGGCGGCGGCGGCGGCGGCGGGGGCUUCAACCUGCCCUUGAACCGGGGGCUGGAGCGCGCGCUGGAGGAAGCGGCCAACUCCGGGGGCUUGAACCUCAGUGCCAGGAAACUGAAGGAAUUUCCCAGGACCGCGGCCCCCGCGCAUGACCUCUCGGACACGGUGCAGGCAGAUUUAUCUAAAAACAGACUGGUUGAAGUUCCAAUGGAAUUGUGCCAUUUUGUAUCACUGGAAAUUCUUAAUCUGUAUCAUAAUUGUAUCAGAGUCAUUCCGGAGGCCAUCAUUAAUCUACAGAUGCUGACUUACUUAAACUUAAGUCGGAAUCAGCUGUCCGCCCUGCCGGCCUGCCUGUGUGGUCUCCCUCUCAAAGUCUUAAUCGCAAGUAACAACAAACUUGGAUCGCUGCCUGAAGAGAUAGGUCAGCUCAAACAGUUAAUGGAGUUGGACGUCAGCUGCAACGAGAUCACAGCUCUGCCUCAGCAGAUAGGGCAAUUGAAAUCCCUACGAGAACUGAAUGUCAGAAGAAAUUACCUUAAGGUUUUACCACAAGAACUAGUAGAUCUUCCCUUGGUAAAGUUUGACUUUUCCUGCAAUAAAGUGCUCGUGAUUCCCAUUUGUUUUAGAGAGAUGAAACAGCUGCAAGUAUUACUGCUUGAGAAUAACCCUCUGCAGUCUCCUCCAGCACAGAUUUGCACCAAGGGCAAAGUGCACAUAUUCAAGUAUCUGAGCAUCCAAGCAUGCCAGAUUAAGACAACAGACUCCCUUUAUCUCCACACCAUGGAAAGGCCACAUUUACACCAGCACGUGGAAGACGGCAAGAAGGAUUCUGAUUCGGGCGUUGGGAGUGAUAACGGAGACAAACGAUUAUCUGCCACAGAGCCUUCUGAUGAAGACACUGUUAGCCUCAAUGUGCCAAUGUCAAACAUCAUGGAAGAAGAACAAAUCAAGGAGGACUCCUGCCAUCGCAUUAGCCCAGUUCAAGGGGAAUUUCAUCAGGAAUUUCAACCAGCGCCUUCAUUUGUGAGUGGCAGUGACAACUCAGAAGAACGAGACCAGUUUUCCCAUGGAGCAGACGUGCUCCAUUCGGAAUUUAUAAACUACAUUAAGGAGAGGACUGAGGCCUGUGAGGAACUAUUACGGAUAGAAGAGGACGCGCACUGGCCAUCCGAGGGGACAAUAAGUGCAUCCAAAGAGCAGGACAUCGAUAUAGCAAUGAUUAAACAGCUGAGAGAAGCGGUGGAUUUGCUGCAAGAUCCCAACAGAUUAAGCACAGAUAUUACAGAGAGAAGCGUUGUAAACUUUUACCCUGUGGACCCGGCAGAUGACUUGGAACUGCAAGACUCUGCGCUAAAUGGUCAAAUACAGUUGGAGGCGUCUCCAGAAUGUGAGGUGCAAAAUGACCUAACAUUACAGAGUAAUGGGAGCGAGUAUUCUCCCAAUGAGAUGAGAGAGAACUCCCCCGCCAUCUCUCCGACCAGCACCAGCACAGCUCUGUUUGGCCUGAAACCUCGAUCAGACCCAGCCCUCACUCUUCCUCCUAUCUCCUUCAACAAACUUACACAGGCACAAACAUGGGACGGCUCUAGCUACUGUGUUCCCUCUGAAGGAGACAGUGACAAUGUGUUUCUAAGACCGCAGAGAAAUUUGGAAUCUAUAGACCCACAGUUUACGAUUCGGAGGAAAAUGGAACAGAUGAGAGAAGAAAAAGAACUGGUGGAACAGCUCCGAGAGAGCAUCGAGAUGAGACUCAAGGUCAGCCUGCACGAAGACCUGGGGGCCGCCCUCAUGGAUGGCGUUGUCCUCUGCCAUUUGGUCAACCACAUCCGCCCGCGAUCUGUCGCAAGCAUCCAUGUCCCUUCACCAGCAGUCCCUAAACUUAGCAUGGCCAAAUGCAGAAGAAACGUGGAAAACUUUUUGGAAGCAUGCCGAAAAUUAGGAGUACCAGAGGCUGACCUCUGCUCUCCGUAUGACAUCCUGCAGUUGGAUUUUCGUCACAUUCGAAAGACUGUUGACACUCUGCUGGCACUUGGGGAAAAACCCCCACAACCAACUUCUGCCCUCCGCUCCAGGGACCUUAUAAGCUUCUGUCUUGUCCAUAUUCUAUUUGUAGUGCUGAUCUAUAUCACUUACCGCUGGAAUGCUCUGCCUCCCUAACGCCUGCAUGUGCAUCCCUACGCUCUGGUCUGUCCCCUGCUCUGUGACAGGGUCCUUCCUCCCUCCGAGCCUUUGCCUUGCCAACUUCCAUCCCUGUCAUCUCUUCAGUAGUCUCUCAAGUUUUGAAGCUGAACGUUUAUCCAUCAGAUUUUCCAGAAGCGCACACUUUAUAGAAUGCGGCUCCCAUUAAAUAGUUUCACUUGCUGAGAAGCAGUGAGGACUACGUGUGCCCACACCUCGCGUUUCCUUGUCCACGUAGUACCAGCAGCAGUGCUGGGCGGUGCCUCUUCUCACUCCCAGUCAGCUUUGCUGCCCUGGGUAGAGCCGAAGAAGUUUCUAGAACAGGAGCAAAGGGGAUUUAGCGUAUGAAAAUCUUUCCACUGGGUCAGUGUUGAAGUUGAAUCCUAAUGCAGGAUUGGGUUGUAGAGGGGCCGCCUUGCCAAGACAGAAAGCAAGCAUUUGGGGUCCAAUUUGGUCCAUAAAAAUCUUUAAUAAUAACCACUGUUGACCAAGUUGAAAAUUACCAUCUGGAAAAUGAUUGCUUUGCUGGCUGUCCAUUUGGCUUCCUCCCUGCUUCCUGAAGCAGGAGCUGUGAAGGGCGUCAGGGAGGGUGACCCUCCACUUCCACCCUGAGAGCCCCUCUGCCCUGCUGCAUGAGACUGUGCUGAAGGGUCGGUGGGGAGAAGGGGGCUCACACUGUCAGAGCGCCCCCUGGAGGAUCCGCUGCACACCACUCUUUCUGUAUAUUUUUACUUCUUCCUUGUUUGGUCUACUCUGAGGCUCUUAGAGAGGACUUUCCAGAAGGGAUUUCUAUUUUUAAAUAAUAUAAUGGGUCAUUUUGCUUUUUUUUUUUUCUACAUCACAUCAUAACUUCAAGUCUAGAAUGUGAUGGAUUUGACAGUAUUUAUUUCCAAAUAAAGCCAUGAGUCAUGGAACAUUCUUGGUCCUGGGGCUUGGGUUACUAUGGUAGGAGCCAAUGAGAUUGCUUUUAUUUUAGAAGAAUGUGGUUUCUCCAGUGACUUGAAAUUUCCAUUUAACCGUUGAUUUCCAGUGACAUUAGCAAGAUACUUUUAUAUUUAAUAAAUUUAAAGGAUUAUAUGUUAAUUAUUAUAUCUGCUUUCAGAAAAAUGUUAAUCAGUUUGUAAUUAAAGAAAAGGACAUUGUGAUCUUAUCUAGACCAACAUAUUCCUGAUUUGGGGAUGUCAUUUUAUAAUACGAGAAGGCCCUGCUCCAAGGUGAAGACAGACUCCCUAGUGCUUCAAUUUACAUCUGGCUGCCAAAUAUCUUUUCUUAGGUUGGGUGGAGGGGGAGAAUGGAGUUCACUUCCUCAAGAUAAAUUUCUAAUUUACUCAGAUGGAAGCAGUCUUUAUAGAUGGCUACUAAGAAGAUAAUUUUAUUUUUCUGAACAUUUCCAUGAAUCUAGGGGACUUGAGAAUGUGGAAAACUCACAUAGUUAGAAGAAUAUAUUUUAUAAAGGUGCUUUGUUGGUAAAUCAGAUCAGAUUUUCCAACAGGAGACAGUCUUUACUUGGUAAUAUCUUGAGUUAACUGAGCCUUUCCCUCCUGAUUUUGUGUUGAUUGGUGAAAUACAGGGUGUGUGGAAGUUAUCUAAUUCACGUCAGUUGUGUAAUAAGUAACCUGCAGAUGUGCUGAAUUGCCUUUGGUGCUGUCUUGUACUCAUUAACCUGUAACACAAUAAAAUCCCUUUGUACAAUGUCUAACGAGCACCAUGAGCCAUAAGUUGUUAAUAAACACAUUUUGGGUGAUAAAUCCGAGUUUUUAUCGGCCCAUCAAUACAUUCAUCUGUGCACCCCCAGAGUUACACUCAGCACUUACGUCCAGCUCUGCCAGUGCAUUGAGACUUCCCUUCCAUAGUCAUAGCUGUUGGUUUUUUUCUUCUUAAUUAGGAUGGGGAUACAGAGGAAGAAGAGAGAUGACUUACUGGGUGGCCACCUAAAAGAAAAUUCUGUCAAUAAAAACUAACCAGCACAAUCCCAUGAGAGCAGAUUUAAUUUUCAACGCUGACUUGACAUCAUUCUUUGGCUGCGUUCCUAUCUCACUUCUGGCCUCUGAAGUAGUUCUUUGGAUGCACUUUCAUUUCUUGUGUCAUUAAUGCAUCUGUACCCUAAUGUGCUGCUCCUCUGGGGAUCUGCUGGAUGGUAUUUUUUUCAUCAAACAGUCUGGUAACAAGCAAAACAAAAUUAAUUUAGCCCUUUAGGCAAAACUUGGAAUGAACUCUCUUGCCCAUUACUGUUCAUUUCUAUUCAGAAUAUUAUUAAACCUCCCUGUGGUUCUUCCCCCAGGUACUCACAGACCAGCUCACGUGCUAGCUUGGUGCCUGCCACUGCCAUCUAACUAGGGAUACUUGGUCAACCCACUUGUUAUCUGAGAGGUGGUUGGGGAUUUAGUUGUGAUUUAUAUAUGCAUACUAAAUCUUCCUUUCACGGGAAAGACUUUUUUUUUUUAGUAUUUCCCUCUAAUACCUGAUAAAAAUGAUCAAGUAUUUAUUUACACAUUCUUUUUGAAAUAGAAACUUCUCUUUCUCCAGUUCUUCCAGUUGAUGGCAACUUGCCACUUAGUGUCACAGAUUUCCAAAAUCUGUGACACUAAGUAAGUUCUAUUAGUUCCUUCUACUUAUGGAUUUGUCCUUCCUAGGUAGCUCACUGUCCUUGGGGAGAAACACUUAAAAACAGUGCUGGUGAAAAGGGCCCCACAGAACUCAAGAACAAGACCACUGAGCAGGAUUUUCAUCACUGAGUAGAUAAGUAAAGGCACUCACAAAUAAAGGCCAAUUGUUUGUGAGUAAGAAAUUAAAUUUAGUGUAUGGUGGCUAGGGUUAUGGCUCUAAAUUCCAUGCUGGUCUCUAUCAUAAGGAGAAAGGAUGUUUUACCUACAGGGUAAACGUAAUGGACAGUAAAUUAAAAUUUUAUGAUUUUGAAAGUGGUUCUGGAUUAGGUGAAAAAUAUUUUA